GGAUUUAGUGAAAUUCAUAAAGCUAUCUGGUUAGAUGGUCCUAUUUUUAGUUGGAAUUUUGACAAACAACAGUGGAUUAGAUAUAAUUUUCAAACAGAAAAAAUCAUUUUCAAAAUUUAUUCAAUUCUUUGGAUUUACCCAAGAUCCGAAUAA